UUUCUGAUGCGACUUGGAGUUUCCACGCAACAUUCUUCCUAUAUAGUGCUACCAUGGCAGCGAUAUUACUGUGUCUUCUUGUGGAUGUCAUUCGCAUCACUUCCACUACCGAAUCUUCCAAGCAACGUGGGCUUGCGGUUCUAAUGCCUUCAUUCUUUCAGAGAGACUCAAGUACAAGCUUCGAAAGGAUGCCGAUUCAACCGAAUACUAAUUUAGCACAAUGAUUACACAGUUUUAAUCAGAACAGUUAAAUUGUAGUCCAGUUAGCAUUACAUAAUUAAGCUUUCGGGGUUACAGUGGGAUAAUUCACAUUAAUUUUUUAUGUAUGCAUGCACUAUUCUUAAGUUGUAACACCAACACAAAUAUGUUAUCUACUAUUAAAAAGACUAAGCUACCACCUAUUAGAACUUGAUAUUUUACUAUUUUUUUCCAUUUAAGGGUAUUUUUGUUUCUUACACGGAUCUCAAAUAUUUCUUUGAUCUUGAAUUUAUUCAGUAAGCGGUAAGUCAUGUUAAACCGGAACAGGCUUGAUAUUAAUCAGAAAGUCGUCUUAUUUUGUAAAAUGACCAGGCAGGAAAAAAGGGGGUAAAUAUUAGACCUUUGUUAACCCCCUCGACGAAGAGAGCUCUUACUUUUGUACCAGUCCGUAAUUAAUUCAGAUGGAUAGUCACUAAAACCAAAGACCUGGGUAAUGUGAAGUUACCAAAUGAAAUGAGACAAUAUGAAACAACGGACAUUACGGACUGUAUAGCCAUAAUAACCCUAUUCAACUCAGGUGCAAAUGUGUUGUUUUAGGAAAUUAAGAGUCCUGAAGUGAAAUACAAAGAUAAUACAAUGUAUACUCCCGAUCCCGAACAAUGAUCCUGGUAAUAUACCUCUUAUAGUAAGUUUGGCUCAAUAUCUGGAGAACAAUUGAAUUACAUGUGCACAUGCUAACACACAUGUGUUAGCAUUAAUAUCGGUGUUUUCAUGCAUAUAUGAAUUAAUUUAUAUCCGAUAUUUUUUGGACAAUCACCAGUGGCGGAUGUAGCCGUUUUCCUCCCGAAAUCCCUGUAUUUUUCUAGCAUAUUCUCGAUUUAUCAUUUUUCGAGGGGACAGGGACAUUCCUCACCAACCCAUAUGACUUCGCACCUCUUUCCCCCUUUUUGGGGUGGCUUUUCCGGGGGAAUGGGUAGCCCCUGCCCUCUCCCUUCCCCCUCACAACGCCCAUGUAAGUUACAAAACGAAAUAGAAGGAUAUACCGUGACCCCGGGACGUUUUACUCCCUUUUUCCAUGAUCUACAGCAGCCCGAUGGUGAGGCCAGUGAAAACUCUAGCUAUGUGUUUUCAUGAGGUUAUUCAUUUCAAUACCCUGCUUGCUAUGAACAUGACAAUGGGUAGCUUUCAACAAAUGAAACAAGUAUUCCGGACUUAGAAUGGGUGCGUUCGAUCGUGUCUAGCAGCUUGUCACUUUCGAGCAUAGGAAAUUAACCUAACUAAAGUCGUGUCUGGCGCAUAAACCUACCAAAGGGUACACUUGACGUUCGUGCGCUUGGGAAUAAUCGUCGUAUUAUCACUAAGUGGGAAAUAAUGGCGACGGUUAGUCCGAGUUACCGGGAAGGAGGCUGGGGCUGGGCGGUCGUUCUGGCCUGCUUCAUGACUGAGUUCAUCAUUUGCGGCAGCCUGAAAGCUAUAGGUGUUCUGAUCACUUAUAUGAAGGAGGAUUUCGGUACGGAGUUGUGGGUCGUCGGCUCCAUAGUCUCGCUACAUUAUGCAGUACAGUCUAUCAUGUGUCCCCUUGCAGCUGCUCUGGCACCCAAAUUUGGUGUUCGCGCCUUGGUUCUUGUUGGCAGUGCACUCUACGGAGUUGGUCUGGUGGUGUCUGCUUUAACGCACAGUAUUGCCAUCUUGGCUCUCGCCUUUGUUGUUAUCGCUGGAACAGGGGUAGCGUCUGUGUUGGAGAUCACCCAUGCCGAACUUGCUUAUUACUUCCGGGAGAAGUAUCCUUUAGCAGCUUUCCUCACAUUUACCGGGACCCCUGUCGGUAUGAUGCUGCUCGGUCCAAUAACCCAGGUUCUCGUGGAUACGUAUGGAUGGCGAGGAGCAAUGCUUCUUCUUGGUGGCGUUAGUUUUCAUCUUGUUGUAGCAGGAAUGUUGAUACGAAGGCCGCCGAACUCAUACCAAGCGGUGCCCGAUCACGAGGAGCAACUUACAAUUGAUGGUAUCAACUCUCCUGGUCAAUCCAAGAAGGAAGUCAAACCGAAUAAGUCCAAGAUAUCCAACCUCUGGACUUCAGUUUUCUCUGCACUGGGUCUCGAGGUCUUCGUGAGUGCUGAAUUCAUGAUUCUAGCAACCAUAAGAAUGUUGUACAGUAUUGGAUACGGUGGUGUGGUUGUCUACAUAGUGCCUAAUGGUCUGGCGCUUGGUCUGAGUGCCAAAGAGGCAUCAUUCCUGACUACAGCUUGGGGGGUUGGGAACCUGGCUGGACUCGUUCUGUUGGCUUCGGCUAUGCAUGUUAAGUUGGUUUCGGUCCGUAGCGCUGAAGGGAUAGCUGUGAGCGUAAUUGCAGUAGGAUUCGCCCUGGAACCCUUCGUCUCUCCGUUCGUUGGUCAGAUUCUCACUGCUUUCGUCGUGGGGGCUGGAUUGGGUUGCGCAAUCGAGGGGAUAUUUGUCAUGACGAGGUGUCUACCUUUUGGUGACGACAAAUUUGUCAGUGUGUUGGGAUGGCAAACAUUUCUGAGUGGAGUAGCAGCUGCUAUUGGAGAUACUGUAUCAGGUUGGCUUUCUGAUGCGACUGGGAGUUUCCACGCAACAUUCUUCCUAUAUAGUGCUACCAUGGCAGCGAUAGUAUUGUGUCUUCUUGUGGAUGCCAUUCGCAUCUAUUCCACUACCGGAUCUUCCAAGCAACGUGGGCUUGCGGUACUAAUGCCUUCACUCUUUAAGAAGGACUCCAGUACAAGCUUCGAAAGGGUGCCGAUUCAACCGAAUACUAAUUAAGCACAAUGAUUACACAGUUUUAAUCAUAAAGUAUUCUAGUUAGCGUUUAAGAUGUUCAACAAAUAUUAACAGUAAGCUUUACAAAGGGAAUAAAUAAAUACUUGGCCGGUUUUAAACAAGUACGUAUAAACCGCCUUGGGGCUUGGACGCGGAUAAUGACCCUAACAAAAGGCGAAGGCAAUUACCUGCGACCGGGCCCCUGCCGAUUAUAAGCGUACUCGUGUAAUACCAGCCCAGCACAUAUAUAUUUCCAUUAAUAAACACCAAAACAAGUCAAAAUUUAUCAAUUUGACUUUGUUUAUGAUUGAUGGUUUAUGUUUAUGGUACGUGCCUCGGAUCGCGCGAGUAGUACUAAACAUCUCCCUAUAUGGGGAUUGGCGCUCGCGUGGCGCGUACUUGCUUUUGUUUCCCCAUGCCGAUCUUGGUGAUUAGCU